AUGCCCGAUCUCCUCGUCCAUGGACCGCGCCGUACACCAGCCAGCGUACAGUCCUUCGAUAAUGCGAAGCCCGAGAGGAGACGGCAACCCCGCGGCCAUGGUUCAUUCCGUGUGACACGGUUUAUCCAGAGCGCCGGUGAUCUCGCCCUCUCGUGGCGGGAUGGCCUCACUGUGUCGGAGCGUGAGGAGAAGAAGUGGCGGGAGGAGCGGAAACAGAUACUCGCGGCGCGCAUGGCACAAGCCAGCACGCUUGAUGAGUGGGAAAAAGCUGCCACCGAGCUCGAUCACCUCGAGGGCAACGACGAAUGGAAGCUCAACGACACGACCGCCGAACCCGACUACCACCCCGACUUAAUUCGAGCCAAACUAAAAGCCCUCGACACCGCCCGGACCAACUGCGAUAUCGGCGCCAUGAUGUAUUUGAUCAGGACCGAAUUGUCGCGUAACACCGGUGGUAUGGGAAAUAUGGAUCUCUACCGCCACUCCUACAUUGGUACCAAGGUACUGAUCGAGCGGUAUGUCGACUCGGCCCUUGAGACCAUUGGGACCCUGGUGGAGAAAACGGCUUCUGGGUACGAUCGGGAUCCAAAAGAACUGUUGGAGGGGAUGGUCUACGCCAGGCAAAGUUUCGGCCGGAGCGCUCUGCUCUUGAGUGGUGGCGCCACGUUCGGCAUGGCGCAUAUCGGUGUGCUCAAAACGCUGUUCCGGGAACGGCUGCUCCCGCGCAUCAUCUCGGGCGCAUCGGCGGGGUCCAUCGUCUGCGCAGUCUUGUGCACGCGCAUGGACGACGAGGUACCGGCGCUGAUCAGGUCAUUUCCGUUCGGCGAUCUGGGCGUGUUCGAGGGCAAAGAUGAAUCCCUCUCGGAUCACUUUCGUAACCUCUUGACCAAGGGCAGCUGGUCUGACAUUUCGAACCUGACAAGAGUGAUGCGAGAGUGGCUCGGCGACGUAACGUUCCAGGAGGCUUACAAUAGGACGCGCCGGAUCUGCAACAUUUGCGUCUCGUCAGCGUCCAUCUACGAUGUCCCACGGCUCCUCAACUACAUCACCGCACCCAACGUCCUAAUCUGGUCGGCUGUUGCCGCCUCCUGUUCCGUGCCGAUGAUAUUUCAGGGCCAUCCCCUAUUGAUGAAGCACCCAGCCAGUGGGGAGCAUUCCCCCUGGACUCCUACGCCGCAGCAGUUCAUCGACGGCUCUGUCGACAACGAUCUCCCGAUGACGCGCCUCGCCGAAAUGUUCAACGUCAACCACUUCAUCGUCUCGCAAGUCAACCCGCACGUCGUGCCCUUUCUCCCGAAGGAUGAGCACGUCAUGCCAGGGCAGUUGAAACAGAGCCGAGCGCCGGACCGUCACCAGUGGAUCUACGAUCUGACAUCCUUCGCCAAGGAGGAAGGACUUCACCGCAUGCAUUUCUUGGCCGAGAUGGGUGUUUUCCCCAACCUACUCACCAAACUGCUGUCUGUUGUGAGCCAAAAGUACUCGGGCGACAUCAACAUCCUCCCGGAGAUUGCCCUGAGCGACCUCCCCUACAUGCUCAAGAACCCCACGCCCGACUUCAUGCUCCGCAACUGUCUCAUAGGAGAGCGCGCGACCUGGCCAAAGCUCAGCCGCAUCCGCGACCGCCUCGCCAUCGAACUCGCACUCGACCAGGCCGUCCACGCCCUGCGCGCCCGCGUCGUCUUCAGCCAGAGCCAGGUCAACCUGCGCCGGGCCAUGGGCGUGCACAAGCCCAUCCCCUUCCGCUACGUCCCCAGAGCCAUCUGCGUCCUGCAGCCCCCCAGCUCCGGCGAGGCCACGCCUUCAGAGGGCAUCGUGUUUGGCCGGCGCCGCGGGUCGGGCGCCAGCAUCCAGCUCGUCGCUGCCCGCCACAAGAAGCCCUUCCAGGACGCCGAGGACGACCAGUCGGAUGAAGACGAGCGCCUCGAGCUCAAGGUCCCGUCGUCGUCGUCGUCGUCGCGCGCGAGGGGCUGGGUCCGGGGGAGCGGCGGCGUCGGUGGUGGUCUCGGUGUCAGUGCCGCUGGCGCUGGCGCUGGCGUGCAGCCGCCGCGCCUGAGGCGGAACGCGAAGAGCCAUACCUACAUGCGUGGCGGGAAGCCGGCCGCGGACUCCCCUGCGCGGGACGAGUCCUGGCCGUUUGUCGGCAACUCGUCGUUGUGGCCGGGUAGGCAGCCACGUGAGGGUGCUAGCGGGACACAAGCGGCUGAGGGGGUGAGUGAUGUGGAUGAUGUCGCGAACACCACCCCCCCUUCCCCUCCUGAGGACGGGGGCCCCUGUAAGCCUCUCUGGAUCUGGAUCUUGGUUCGGGAGAAGCCGGUGCGGCUGGGCUGCUUUGGCCGUUGGCACGCCGAGCCUGGACAGAGAUAG